UAAUUCUAAAAAAAAAAUAAUAAAAUAUAUCACUUAUAGCCGUCUCAGAAGAUUCUACUGAAAAAAGUUUGUCAUUUAUUAACACUACAGCAAAAUGGAUGAUGGUAAAGGUUAUACUCCAAUUCUUGGAAAAAAUGUUUUCCAGGAAGUAAAAUAUUCUCCAAUAGAAUUAAAUCAAGCUAAAGAUGAAAUUAAAAGGCCAGAUACUUUAUUUUUAUAUUUCACAGUCAUGACAGUAAUGUUGACAGCGCUAGUGUGUGGAAGUACGUUAGGAUGGACAUCUCCAGCAAUUGUUAAAUUAGAAUCUAACGAUACCAAUAUAAAUCCACUGGGGAGGCCAAUAACAUCCUAUGAAUUAUCCAAGUUUAUGGGCGUUGGUGGAAUACUCUCGCUAGUAAUUUCAAUAUUUCUACCAAAACUGGCAGACCUAAUCGGCAGGAAGAUGAGCAUAUUUUGGAUGACUGUAAUUAUGUUUAUAGGUAUAAUAGGAUUAGCCUUUAGUAAAAACGUUGAUGUUAUGACCGCUUUCAGCGUCGUCUUAGGUACAGCUGUAAAUGGAUUAUUUAGUAUGAUGUCAAUGUAUCUAACAGAAAUUUGUGAGGAUCACAAUCGUGCAAAAUUUAUUUGUCUCAUGUCAGUAUUCAUACCUGUUGGUGAACUUGUUACCUUUAUAAUUGGUCCAAUGUUCAGUUAUAAAAUAUUUACAAUAAUAAUGGCAGUACCAUUGAUCCAUUUAUGGUACUAUUCCUUCUUGCUCCUGAGAGCCCAGUUUAUAGCUUACAUAACGGAAGAAAAGAAAAGUGUAUACAAGCAAUAAAAAAAUUGCGUAGCAAUAAAACUGAAGUUGAGUUUGAGCAGGAUUAUUUUAAAAUUAUAAAAAGUUUAGAAAAUAAUAAUAAAAGUAAGGGAUUUAAUUUUAGAAAACUUUUUGGUACUAAAGAAGGACGAUUAGGUAUAUUAAUAGCGUUUAUUCCAAUUUUUGUUCAGCAAAUAUCUGGAUUUCCUGUGAUAAUGACACUAUUGGCACCUAUAUUUAAUGAGUUUACAUCAGAAAUUUCCGGGGAUACUGUUGCUAUAUGCGUAGGUGUGGUAAAGGUGACGUUAGGUAUAAUUACAUCAAUGAUAGUGGAGAGAUUUGGAAGACGAUCACUGUGCCUGAUUUCAGCUGGUGGAGCAGGAAUACCUAUGUUUCUUCUAGGAGUAUUUUUCUAUUUGAAAUAUAUAAAUUCACCCUUAGUAUACCAAUAUUCGUGGGUACCACUAGUUUGUAUUUUAAUAUAUACUUUAUUUAUAUCCAUAGGACUUGGACCAAUUCCUAUUACCUUGGUAAACGAAAUGUUUUCUUCUGAUAUAAGGUCCACAGGAUGUGCGUUUGUUAUGACUGUAGGGUUUCUUAACGUAACGAUUCUAAUCAGUGUCUACCCGAUUGUGGCAGAACUGAUAGGAACGCAUUGGUGUAUGUGGACGUUUGGAAUAUGUUGCAUGAUUGGUACACUUGUUAUUUAUUUCAUGAUGCCUGAAACCA